AUGAAGUGCGAUAUUCGUUGUACCCGAGCCUUGAAUUCUCGACAUGAGCAGAAGUGGCAGACAAUUUCUCAUUCGGAUAUACCGCCAGAGAGUUUGGGGGAAACGGGGGCCCUGAGCUUGAAGCCGCCGACUGAGGAGGACCUGAGACAAUCAGCUGCUCUGGAAGAGGCCCUUACACAAAUGGAUGUAUUCGAGAGUCGGGAGGAGAUGCAUCAGCGGCGGGAGGCCCUAAGUAAACUGCAAGAAAUGUCAAACCACUGGAUUUACAAGAAGGCUGUGGAACAGAACCUGCCGGAGCACAUCGCACUCUCCACAACCGGCAAAAUAUUCACAUUUGGUUCAUAUCGGUUGGGCGUGAAUUUCAGAGGUGCAGACAUCGAUGCUCUGCUAGUUGCUCCUCGGUUUAUCACGAGGGAGCAAUUCUUCUCUGAUUUUCAGGCCCUUUUAGCGGACGACGAUUCUGUAGAGGAUCCACACGCCGUCCCACACGCCUACGUUCCCCUACUUAAACUGAAGUGCAUGGGUGUUGAGGUAAACCAGAUCGAUUAA